CUUGCCUCCAUCUCUCCCUUCUCUCAACGAUGGCGAAGCAGCUCUACGAGACUCUAGGAGUUAGCAAAGAUGCUCCUCCAGAAGAUAUACGGAAGGCGUACCGCAAGGCGGCACUCAGAACACACCCUGACAGGUUGCCGCCAGGCGCAUCGGACAAGGACAAAAAACGUGCUGAAGAGCAGUUCCGCAAAGUGAAUAACGCAUACGAAGUGCUCCAAGAUGAGGAGAAGCGGAGGAUUUACGACAGAUACGGAGAAUUUCCUCCCCCAGAAGUUGAGCAAGACCCGUACGCAGAGCAAGCUCAUCAUCGACAUCGGCACCAUCCUCACGCACAUCACCAUAGGCAUGGAUUCGGAGGUUCCUUCAACGACCCCUUCUUCAACGAUCCCUUCUUUGCACGUCCAUUUGGCUCGCGCUCUCGUCCACGGAACGAUCCCUUCUUUGGGUUCACUGAUCCUUUUGCCCUCUUUGACCAAAUAUUCGGUGACAUGCGACAUUCAUUCGAGGACCCGUCCUUUGGCGUUCCUUUCCCUUCUGCAGGUAGUCCAUUCGCUCGUACACCCUUCGGCCAUAGUUCGUUGUUUGAUAGGAUGAUGGGUGGCAAUCCUGCUUUCGGAAUGCUUCCACCCUCGACCGAUCCAUUCAAUCAAUCCGGCAGGCCGCUGCAUGGUCAUUCAAUGAGCUUCUCAAGUUCAUCCCGCGGAACGCUUACACGCGGAGCGGAUGGGAAUCCGCAAUGGGUUUCCCAGAGCAAGAUGACAAGGACAGUCAAUGGGGUAACAGAAAGUGUGUUAAAGCGCACGGACUCAAACGGCAAUGAGCAUGUCACCUAUUCAUACCCAGAUGGACAAGAACGAUACCUAAUUAACGGCGUAGAACAACCUUCCGGAAGCUAUGUCGAAAGGAAUCUGCCUCCGCCACCCCCCUACUCGGGCCCUCCUGCACCUCUGAAUACGUCUCGCCACUCAAGCGAUCGAGGUUCUAUGAGACAAGACAUGAAAUACUCUCCCACUACCCCUACUUCUCCAACUGGUCCUUACAGUGCAGGUUAGUACACGUUGAAUCCAUGCGCGUGCCUGAGAGUUCCGACUUCCACUUGGGUUUAGCGAACAUCAAGCAAGGGCAUGAAUAUGAACGUGAACGAGAUCGGGAACGGCAGUACGGUCAUCACGGACAUCGAGAACACAAGCACAGACACCACCACGAUCAUCGCGAAGAUUAUGGCCAGCACGACCAUCACGAUCACAAAAGGCGCUGGUGGAAGGGUGAGUGGUAAAGGGUUGGUCUGUCUUUUUCUGUAUCUUUCCACACUGGCCCUCUUUUCUUUCUACUAGUAGUUUACUCCUCGGCCUCCAUGUACUAACAUCCCGUCGUUGUAUCAGCAUUCCUCCCCUCGUUCAUCAUCGGUAAUUAAACCCCGAGCAUGCAUGUCCCGGCCUAUGUAGCAUUGACCGAAUCUAAUGAACCCC